UCUUUGCUCACAUGCUAGCUAGGGAGUGACUGGGAGACAGUUGAGAUAAGGCAGCCCUGCCCAUUACAGACAUUUAUAUCACAAUAGAACAGCCUGGCGCUUACAAAACCUGCUUUGUUUGUAAUUACGCGGCUAGACUAAAGGUGACGAUUAGCACUGGACCAACUACACAAGUGAGAGAAAAUGUGGCUGCCCAUGGUUGGAUUUACCACCCUACCACACCUUGGAGGGCUCUAUGGCGGUUACAUCACUCGACAAGAGGUAAAGACCUGGUACCCCACCUUGCAGAAACCAUCGUGGCGGCCCCCCAAUGCAGCCUUCCCUGUGGUGUGGACCUGCCUGUAUACAGGAAUGGGGUACGGUUCAUAUCUGGUGUGGAAAGAACUCGGAGGUUUCAAUGAGAACGCUGUGGUGCCACUGGGACUGUACGGGAUGCAGUUGGCACUCAACUGGGCCUGGACGCCCAUCUUCUUCGGCGCACACAAGAUCAAACUGGCCUUGAUGGACAUUGUGCUUCUAACUGGGACUGUCGGCGCCACCAUGUGGUCCUGGUAUUCCAUCAGUCGACCAGCCACUCUACUGAUGGCGCCCUACCUGGCCUGGUUAUGUCUGGCUACUUCACUCAACUACUGCAUAUGGAGGGACAACCCUGAGAGAAAAGAAGAGUAGAAGAAUAAGAUCUUUAUACAAGCCGAAACAAAAUCAGCAUUCGAAAUAGAAAGCAAUUUAUAUCCUGUUGCCUUCCAAAUGUUUUUUCUGUAUCGGGUACAUUUUUAUUUGCACUAAGAUUUUUGUUUCGGUACCUAAACCUAAAUGAUUUGAUUGAUGAUCACUUCACCAGCUUGGUUAUGAGAAAAGACUAUUUGCACAUGGUCAGCAUGACACUUUGGAAUUGCUUUGUUUUUAUUUAAUCAAUUAACCAGCUGUUUUAUUUUUAUCACAGUUUUUUGCAGCACAAGAUUUAAUAUAAUUUUAUAAUCAUAUAAAUCUGCCUUUUGUAUGAUAAUAUUGAGCACUGGUAUCAAAAACAGUGCUGAAACGCAACAUGGGUCAGCUUUAAAGCACAUUAAAGGAAAUUAUGCUUGGGGUUUAAAAGAAAAUGCAUUUAUACAUGGAUAUUUGCUUUUGUGUGAAGUCCAAUCGCUGUAUAAUGAAUAAUAAAAUGAUCAAAACCA